CUGCAGGUGGUGAUAGCUUUGUGUUGCGGAAUAUUUUCAAAUAUAAAGUAUUUUGUGAUCAAGUGUUAUAAAAAUGAAAAAUUUAGCUACAUUAGAAAUCAAAAAGUUGUUCAAACUCCCGCCUUAUUUCACAGAUGAAAAUGUCCGCAUGUUCGUCGUGCAGUAUAUGAAUAAAGCACUAGAGAUGUGGUCGAAGCGGAGAAAGCGAAGCCCUCACAUUGUAUCAUUGUUGACUGAUAUGAGCUGCUUAAUCCAUGAGUUUGAAAGUGAAGAAUGUUAUUGUUCAUUUUAUUUAUUCAUGUUUUUCCUGCGUCUUAAUGAGGACGAAGCUGAGAAGACACAUAUGAGAUUUAAAAAGGCAUCGGAAAAUGUUAUGAAUUUUUGUUUAGAUAAAUUGGAUGCAGGCUUUUGUCUAUGCGAUAUAUACUAUGAAGAAGGUGACAAUUUCCAAAAUGAAAACGGCGAACACGAAGAGUUUUUUCUUAUUGCAGUGGACGAAAGUUUGGAACAAAUCAAUAUACCGGACGAAAAUAAUUUAAAAAAUUAUAAAGGUGAUCAAUAUGAGCCUGAAAACGAUUUACAACAACAUCUUAAUAUUCUUCUAGAAAGCGAUAUGGAUGAAUAAGGAGUGUUAAUUAAAAUUAAUCAAU